AUGCCUAGCGCGGGGCUGUCGGCGGGGUCGAACAAGGUGGACGUGGCCAUCGACCUCGGGAACCCGCUCCUCAACCGCACCGUCGACGGCUUCCUCAAGAUCGGCGCCGUCGGCGCCUGCAGGGUGGUCGCCGAGGACGCCUUCGACUGCAUCCACAGGGGGGAUAUCUCGAAGCGCCAGCUUGAAGAGACGAAAAAUGCGUUGCUAGGAGGCAUUGCAACCGGUGCCCUGGUCUCUGCCGCGAGCAACAACAAAGGGAACAAGAUCGCCCAGGACGCCAUCACCGGAGGCGCCAUCGCGACCGCCGUCGAGUUCAUCAACUACCUCACCUAG